GUGGAAGACUAGCCAGGAAACCUGUUGGAACUGAGGGAGCAGAGAGCAGCGAUAUGUGUGCAUAACCUGGUUAUCGGACCGGUGUGAAAGUUACGGCAGUUAAACAAAUGUAUUCUGUGCUCACUGUGUGGGACGGCAUGCUGUUGGAAUUGAAUGCAAUAUAACUAAUCUGAUGGAGAAUUGGGGAUUUUUAUUUCAUUUGUGAGGGACAACAUUUGGGAUUGUGCAAGUUUGAGGAUAGGGGACAGUUGCCACGGAAAACAUCUGUGUGUACGCGUAUAAUCAGUCGCAAAAGAAACUCAGAAAGUAUCUUGCAAGUACUGCAAACUCAAAACAAUGAGUGGAAUAUGUGUAUAUUUGGAGGUGUGGCUACAGGAAUCGCUGGCUGAUGGACCAUAUCAGCGCUCGAGGUGAAGUCGUUCAAAAUCUACUGGAUCAGACCAUAGAAAAACCUUUCUCUAUGAUCAGACCAUCAGCCUUCCACUAAUAAACUGACAGAACAAAUGAUAGAUUAAUGAUGAUGUAAAAAAGUGAUACGGCUUCUAAAAAUAAAAGAAAAAGAAGAUGUGAUCCACACCUACGUACUUGGAUACAGUUUCGCGGUGCCAUUGUGAUAUAUGUUCCUGCACUCUCCGGAUUGCGAUUAUUAAUAUUUUUGUCUUGGUGCACCUGCGAUAUAUGCCAUUUCCUGUACGAUCGUGUUAAGUGAUUGGCUGAGCGGACAGGUGUAACGUGAGAAGCUGAUUGGCGGAUUCGCAGUGUCGGCCGAAAAAAAGUGAGAGCGACAGCUGCGAAAAUGUCAACCCCGAAGGACAAGGGAGUAGUGUUCAAGAAAAGUUGUCCCAAUGGCAAGAUUACGACGUACCUGGGCAAGCGAGACUUCCUGGAUCACAUGACACACAUCGACCCCAUAGAUGGUGUCGUCCUGGUUGACACGGAGUACGUGAAGAAUCGCAAGGUCUUUGUCCACGUCCUGGCUGCGUUCCGCUACGGACGGGAGGACCUGGACGUUCUCGGCCUCACGUUCCGCAAAGACCUGUACCUGGCGUCCAUGCAGGUGUAUCCACCCAUCCCUGAGGAGCAGAAACCGCUGACCCGUCUGCAGGAGAGACUCAUCAAGAAGCUUGGAAGCAAUGCAUACCCGUUCCUCUUUCAGUUGCCAGAGAAUUCGCCAGCAUCCGUCACGCUACAGCCGUCGCCAGAAGACAGGGAAGGCAAGCCAUGCGGUGUGGACUACGAAUUACGGACCUACGUGGCAGACUCCAUUGAUGAGAAGCCCCACAAGAGGAACUCAGUCAACCUGGCCAUCCGCAAGGUGACCUAUGCCAACCCUGAACAGCCCAUCGCCCAGCCCAGCCAGGAGGACAAAAAGACGUUUUUAAUGAGCGCCAACUCCCCGUUACACUUGGAGGCAUCGCUGGACAAAGGGAUGUACUAUCAUGGAGAGAAGAUAGCUGUCAACAUCCAAAUCACCAACAACUCCAAGCGGGAAGUCAAGAAGAUCAAAAUUCUGGUCAAGCAGUACGCUGACAUCUGCCUCUUCAAUAAGGCCAACUACAAGUGUUGUGUCGUCUACUUUGAAACAGACAAGGCGUCCGACGGUUUGCCAGUCUUACCCAGCCACACUCUGUCUAAAGUCUUUUAUGUUACCCCGUUGCUGAGCAACAACAAGCACAAACGAGGCCUGGCCCUGGACGGCAAGCUCAAACACGAGGACACAAAUCUGGCCACCUCCACAAUGUUUAAGGUGAACGGGAAGGAGGGCAAGGAUAGCAAGGAGGGCAAGAAGGGCAAGGAGGAGGCAGAGAACAUCCACGGCAUCGUGGUCCAGUACAAGGUCAAAUGCUCCUUGGAGGUGGCAUUCUCAAAACCGUUGUCAGUCCUACUGCCGUUCGUCCUGACGCAUCCUAAGCCAGAGCUACCCGCGGACCCCUACCCCCUGCCGCCCAACCCCGAGCAGACACAGCAGAAACAAGAAGCCAUGGACGAGCCUCCAGAAGCCCUUGACACCAACCUGAUCAACUUUGACACCAAGAAUGAUCCAAACAGACGAGCCGGGAAAUAUUGUGUGGGCACGACCUACAUGCCCAGCAUGCAAAAUCCCAGCGGAGUGGAACCAGCCACGCCCAACGAUGACGACCUCAUCUUUGAGGACUUUGCCCGGCUUCGUCUGCAGGGAGCGGAGGGCGAAGGCACCGAGGCCUGAUUGGUUGACAAUUUAUCGUCAUGGUAACACAUAGCACUCAAUUUUUGUUGUUGUUUUAGCCAAGAGAAGCUGGGCUUGACAAGUUUGCAGAGAGUAAACCUUUUUAAGAAUUGGCAAGAAGAAAGAAAUAUAUGCCAUGCGAGAGUUUUGAAAAAAUUGAUGUUGUAGAAUGGAAAUUUAUUGUUCAAUAUAAAUUACCUUCAUUUUAUGACCAACACAAGCUACCUUGAAAGUAUGGAAUAUUCGAAGACAAUGAAUUUUUUUAUUUUCUGGUUUUUUUUCUCCUACAACUCUGAAGUUGUGCUCCUUGUAUAAAAUCAAAAUUUCUGGAGAAUGGUUGUGUUGCUCAGUUUCAACCUACAUGUACAUUAUUUUACAAGGUUCUUUGAGUGAUCGAACAGUAAGGUUUCAGAAAUCAUAAAAAAAAUAUUCCUCAAUAUUUUCUGUCCUUGCCAUUUUGGGGUUUUUUUCCAUUAUUUUAUCAGCAUUCAGAAAAAAACCAAUUUUUUCUUUCCAGUCAGGUGGCAUUAUGCAGUAUUACUUUGACAUGGUUGCCAUGGAGAUUCUGUUGACACUGACCAAUGAAAACUCAGAAACAGAUAGAUUCGGCAGUUCCAAAUAUAUUGUUCAGAUUUGCAAUUACACGAUAUAUUUGGGUAAGUGUUCAAGUCAGUGUGACAGACAUGGCAAAACCUUGGUCUUUCAAGUUUUGGACUACUGCCCACCACUUUGGUUCGUUUGUUUUGGAAAGACUGCCUAGCUUGGCAUAAAUUGGAGAGGUGCUUUAAGUGGUCAACCCAGCUAGGGGGCAUUAUACCGGUAUAUUUUGUUUUCGUGUAAAAUAAAUGUAUAAAUAAGUCGUCUAGAUUUAGAACAUUAACAAAACAUACAGAGAUAAUAAAAAAAAAAUAAACAAUAAAAUAUUCAUGUAUGUACUAUAUCCAUAUAUUUGUCUAACUUGCACUGAAAUGUCGCACUGAAAGAGAUGUGCUGGUCGGAAUUUGUCUGCACGGAUCUUUUUUUUUCUUUUCUCCUUUUAAAUUUUUUUUUAUUUUUUACUUAAACGAACCAUGGUUCCGUAGUUUGUAGAUUUUAAAGCAGAUUAUAAGGUAUCGUUUUGUAUAUCGAUGAAAGUUGCAGAGACAGAAAAGGUAAGACGUGGACCAAUCACAGUAGGUUUAGAAUGACCUCAUUGACCUGAGGUCAAAUGUCAUGGGAAUUAAUCUAAUAUUUUGGCAGCUUAUGUGGGCAGGUGUUCUUGAUUUUGAAAAGUGUUCUGGUAAACGUUUGAGGAAUGAGUUAAAGGGUCAGAGAUGAAGACAGGUUGAUUAUGUAAAAGAAGAAUAAUUUAGAUUUUUGUGAAAUAGGGUUGUGGGCUUACAUUCUGAGUUUGGUAUGCGCAAUUAUUCAAGAAGCACAUUUGCUCACAAUCCAGCUUAGCUGAAACUGAAGUUGCGGCUUAUCUCCAGUUUGCUUUCAUUGUCUUAGGUCAUGUGACACGUAAUAGGUGCUGCGUAUGGGGGUUACCAUAACAACGUAGUAACUCGUAAUACUUGUUGAAGGUUGCGAGUGGUAUUCAGAGAUACAGAAAAUCAUAAACUUGCCAUUUGAUGAAGAGGAGUCUACUUGUUGCGAUUUGAAACGAGUAAGACCAUGUAUAAACGGAAGAUGUUGUUUUGCCAUUUGUUUUGUAAUCACUGCUAUUUCAAGAAGCGGAAAAGAGACACUGCUUGCUGAGCUUCUGCUAAGCAUUUUGGGAGAAAUCGGGAUUAAUUUGAGCUUAACUGCCAGACACAAAAUGCCAUGUGCUGUGUAAUUGUGAUUCAAAUGAUGCAGUGCUUUUUAUAAAACUGAUGCACCAAUGGAAUUACAGUAAAAGGAUUUCUGUAAGCGGAUAAGAGUUGCUGGAAUUGCGCUUAGCAUUUUUUUGAGAAAUGGGGCGUAAGUAGUUAUUGAAGCAGUACAUGUAUGUAAGUAACCUUACACUGGAAGAGCAACACAGGCUGCCCUAUUUAUGCUUAGUACAAAAUUUGAUUUAAAAAAAAUGAGUCUUUGCUGAUGGUCUUAGAUUGAUUAUUAACGUCAAACAAUGUAAGCCCCAUCCAAGACUGCCACAGUAAAAAAAAAUAAUAAUAGAAAAUUUAAUAUUCGUGUACAUCAGUCUACAUCUAUAAUACAUAGCUUUUUAAAAUAAUAUGAAAAAUGUACAUUAAGCGCAUUGUGUAAGCAGGGUUUAACAAAAUAAAAAUAAGAACAUGUACAUACAUGGAUCUAUAAAAGCAUAUCAUUCAUGUAGCAGUGCCCAGACCGUAAGCGUAAAUGCAAAAAGAAAAAAAGAAAAAACUUAUUGCCUUGUUAAUAAUAAAUAUUCACGAUGUGUGAUGAGUAUUUUAUUAGGUAAGAAAUAUUUGUGUAGAUUGGUGCCUGGUGAUUAUAAGGCUGGUUCAUGUAACAGCUAUCAACACAGGUUGUUGAAAAAAUAAGAAGAAGAAAAGCUUUGUUUGAAAUUUCAAAUAUUUAGUAUUAUUUUUUUUGAAGAGGCAUAGAAUUGAAUGCCUUCAAUUUUGUCAGUGUUGCACCUUGCAGAUGUCAGUCUAAGUAAUGAGAAAUAGUUACCUUAUAAUUUUAAGACAUUUUUGGCCAUAAUUUCAUCGAUCAUAAUAAUUUCAAUAAGUCAAUAAUUUCAAAGCUUUGUUUUUGUGUGCACCCUUUUUUAAAAUUGGGUACCGUCCCAAAAAAAGGGGUAAAAAGGCUGAAAUAUAUUUUCUGUGUUUGUUCUGAAAAUACUGGAAUUGGAAACAGCUUUAAGAAAGUACAUAAUGGUCUCUGCGGACUUUUAAAUGAUGCACCUCUUCCCCCACCCCCACCCCCCCCCAAAAAAAACCACCAAAAACCACAACUAACCUCAUCUCAGUAAAUUGAAGAAUUUUGUUUGUUUUUAUGAAGGUAAGCUUUUGCCCAUGUUCACCUUGCUUCAAUUUAUCAAAACCUUGACACUUUCUACAACCUCCUCUGAAACGUACAGUAAGCACAAUCUUGAUUGGUGAAAUAUAUCUGUUUUUACAUUUGGGGUUAUUGUAGCACCAAUGUUCAUUUUUUAAGAAAUGUUUGUUUUAAGUUCUUCAUUUUGGCACUUGUAUUUUGCAGUAGAAAUUGUAAGCGUUUACACAGUAAAUAAAUACUGACUGCCAUUUUAGGAGUCUGCAACAUUGAAAUGAACCUUUCCCUAUGCCUAGAUGUGUCAUUAAAUAGAAUAAAAAGGUACAAUAAUUGUAUCAAAUUAUCUAUUUUGAAUUCACUAUUUCUUGCACAAAGGAGAAAUAAUAAUGUACUCCUACGGCUAUGGGUAUUUAGAUUGAAACACUUGAAUAAUGUAUAUUGUACAGUGAUAAAAAAAACAGUGUAUAUUGGACUGUCUUGUGACGUAAGCUUUCUUGUACUAAGGCAGCUUCUGAGUAUUUGAGACUAUACAUUUAGAUCGAAAUGUGUCCUUUCAGCUAGGGAACUUCAUGAGGGUAGCUGAUGGCAUUUUGGCAAAUCACAUGCAAAUGUUGAAGACAGGGGGCUGCCAUUUUAAAAGCGCUGUAGGCAAUUUUUGAAACUUAGGUCUCAAUUUUGGCUCCAUUGCGUGUUUGAAGCCUCGCGUUUUUGAAAAUUAGGGCAGGGCGUUUGGCUCUGGAAUUCGAUGGCAAAGUCCUUGUGUGAGUCCGUGGCUUUGGCAGUGCCUGCUGCCCAGCAUGAAAUACUGCUCAGCUACAAUUUGUGCUGUUUUGUGCAUCGAUUUGUCAAACUGUUGCCAAGGGGACACAGAGUUUCUGUUUUAGGUGCCAUCUGCUUCUGACGUAAAAAGAAAGAUACGACUUCUUAAACCUUGCCAAUGCAGGUUUCUGAGCUGUACAUUUCAAAUUUGUCCAGUUUGGAAACAACAUGUGGAGUUAUAUUUAUUGCAGAUUUAUUUUGUGGAAUGAGUAACCUUGACAUACGGAUGAAGGACAAAAACUAAUGCCUGUGUAAAAUGUCAACAUUUUAGUAAAUUGGAGAGUAACAUAAUUUUCUUUGCUGGCUUGCCCCACAAGAUGUAAUAUUUGUGAAGACACCUUUGUGUGUAGGAUACUUCGGAACAUUGUGCUUGACAGCUACAUUUAUAUUAAUAUAUGUUUAAUGUUGUGGAUAUGUGUCCAUUAAAUAAAAAUAUAUUUGUUGUUGGUG